GGACAUGACCCGGCGAUAUCGCCUCUUAGCAAGACAGAAUAAAAACCUUUUUCUGAGUUCGUUUUUUAUUUUUUUUUAACUUCCUCCAGACUUGUAACAAAACCGGUUACAUACUCUUCUUCGUGGAUGGUGUAUUUUCCUGUUUAUAGUUUAGCUAGCUAACCUCAGUUUAAUUCCUCUGUUAAAACUGACUAGCUGCUUGUUAGAUAACAGUGGAUAAAUGAGUAAAAUAGCUCGGUGUACAAUGGUUUAGGUGCGAAUUCGAGUGUUUAUUUUAAUCUUUAACAUUCUGGAAAACUGUUUGCAGACUAGCGUUACCUUUUGCUAAAGUUUAGCAAAGCUAACUAGCGUGCUACAUAUAACACGGAAUAGAAACCCGUCGCGGUUUUCAGCUGAAUAAACAAAGUCUUGCGAAACAUACAAGCUCUUGUUUCCUACAAAUGUUUAUUUGAUCCUGGAAAUAAGACAGCAAGUAGACUAAUAUGAGAAAGAUGACUGUACUGCAUCUUUUCCUUUUUUGUGGCCUGCUUUCUCUGGCCUCCUGCGUGCCACCUAUCUUUUCCCAGCCUGAGCAGGUGCACAUUUCCUACCCAGGUGUAGAAGGUUCAAUGGUGAUCACUUGGACAACUUUUGACUACACAGAGAGUGUGGUGGAAUAUGGACUGUGGGGUGGGAAGCUCUUCAGUCAUACCGCUAAGGGAAACUCUACUUUGUUUGUUGAUGGAGGCCCAGAGAAGCGUAAAAUGUACGUUCACAAAGUCACAUUGCCAGAACUCAGACCUGGGGACAAAUAUGUCUACCACUGUGGUAGUGAGGAGGGCUGGAGUGAUAUUCUCUUCUUUACUGCUCUGAAUGAUGCCACGAGUUUUAGCCCUAGAUUUGUUCUGUUUGGUGACAUGGGCAAUGAAAACCCUCAGUCACUUGCCAGACUUCAGAAAGAAACACAGGCUGGGAUGUAUGAUGUUAUCCUGCACAUUGGAGACUUUGCGUAUGAUAUGCAUGAGGACAAUGGCAGAAUUGGGGAUGAGUUUAUGAGACAAAUAGAGUCCAUUGCUGCCUAUGUGCCGUAUAUGACCUGUCCUGGUAAUCACGAAUGGGCCUACAAUUUCUCACACUAUAAGGUCCGCUUCAGUAUGCCAGGGGAAACUGAGAGCUUGUGGUACAGCUGGAACAUUGGUUCAGCACACAUCAUCUCGUUCUCCACCGAGGUUUACUUCUACCUCGAAUAUGGCCUAGAUCUCCUCUUUAAACAGUACGAGUGGCUAGAGAAAGACCUGAAGGAAGCCAACAAACCAGAGAACAGGGCUGCAAGACCCUGGAUAAUCACCAUGGCACACAGACCUAUGUACUGCUCCAAUGAUGAUAAAGAUGACUGCACCAAGUUUGAAAGCUAUGUACGGCGUGGACGCAGUGACACAAAGCCAACAGCCCCUGGCCUGGAGGAUUUAUUCUAUCAGUACGGAGUGGAUCUAGAGCUUUGGGCACAUGAACAUACCUACGAGAGACUUUGGCCUGUGUAUAAUUAUAAGGUAUUUAAUGGAAGCAUUGACAAGCCAUAUGUGAAUCCUAAAGCACCCGUGCAUAUUAUUACUGGCUCAGCUGGGUGUCGAGAAAAACAUGAUGGUUUCAUUCCCAAGCCUCGAGAUUGGAGUGCCUUCAGAAGCACUGAUUAUGGCUACACACGAAUGCACCUCAUUAACUCAACACACAUCUACCUGGAACAGGUCUCUGAUGACCAGUCUGGAAAAAUUAUAGACAGCUUCACACUGAUAAAGGAAGUUCAUGGGCCUGAGGCUUGGCUCUGAAGACUCCACUGACUGUAAGAAAGGGAGCACAAUCAACGUUUUACUCAGAAAAUUGAACUUUAGAACUUGAAUCGAUGCUUAAUGAGCAAUUGGAGAAAUGCAUCAAUCAUUCAUGUAAGAGACUACAUGAUUGAACAGUUCCCAAAGAUUCUUCUCUUAUUUUUAACAUGAAACAUUUAAUGAUUAUUUAUUGAUUUCCAACUGGAAAUGUUCUGAGUGCACUCUGAUUUUGGGAAUCAUUAUGUUCCUGAACACUAAAUGCUGCUUCUUUUUGAUUUGCUACUGUGAACCUCAAUAAACUUUGUUAAAGACA